AUGGGUGAUCCCCAGGGGGCGCCAGGAGCAGAUACUAUCAGCGUGGUACGCAACCAGUUCUUGGAAGAGGAGAACUAUCCCAUCAUCAUGGGCAUCAAGGGAGGGAAGUGCUGCCUGUUGUGUGGGAUGGCGUCAGAGCCCCAGUUGCAACUGGAGGACAAGGAGAUUGCAACAAUUUCUCGGAGCCAAAGUAAUGCACUACGCUUCACCUUCUUCAACACCCCUCAGGGCAAGACCCACCACUUCCUGUCAGCCUCCUACCCUGGCUGGUUCCUCUGCACCUCCCAGAAAAGCAACAACCUUCUGAGCCUCACCAACCAGCUGGGCCAGGUCAACAACACUGACUUCUACUUCAACCGCAAAAACUAG